AUCGUUGGCGAAGCGGCGAGAGCGACUAUUUAGUAUCCACCAGUCAGUUCAGUGAGAUUUCCCAUCGCGUUCGGAAACACAGAUUUGGGCGCAAGUCGAACGGGAAAACGGAGCACUAGCAUAGCGGAGGGCGACUCGGCUGCGGAGGCGGAGUUUGAAGCAGGCCCAGCGGAAGCUCCGGAAGAUGGAGGACAGCAAACCACUAUUCGAGAGCAAGCACUGUAUCUCGCUAAAAUGUGUUCUAUUUCUAUUUUAUGGAGGUUUGGGAUGCAUCUAUCCCUUCCUCCAGUCCAACAUGGCCCACAAGGGCUUUGAUUUCAACGAGAUCUACUCGAUAUCGGUAAUCAUUCCGAUUACGGCCCUGUUUGGUCCGCUGCUGUUUGCCGUGUUGGUGGACAAAUGGGCCACGUCCAGUGCGUUUGCCUAUGGGAAGCGGGUUCGCAUCCUGACGGCGGUUAGUCUGAUCGCAUCGAUCGUACUUUACGUGCUGCUGAUGUUUGGAGUUAGCAGAAACCCCCCUCCAGGUGUGUGUUCACCACGGGUGAACUUUAUGUGCAACAAAAAGGGAGCCUACCUGAUGCAGGAGAAAUGUACGGCCGAAGGAGUAUGCCACGAUUGGGAUCAUAAUAAGGUUGGUUUACUGAACUUGGAAAACUGUGCCUACAAAUGCCAGCAGGAUGUCCAAUACGAGAGCACCUGCUACCAACGGUUGGAGCUUGAUAGACGUUUGGCUAUAGUUCAGGACCAGGAUAGCGAUGGUGACGAUAUCGAUAGCGAUGUAAUGGAAGAAUCGGAAACGAUCCGAGCAGAUGAGGGAAGCGGUGAAGGUGGUACGCCAAACAGUAAUGAUCUCGAUGGGGACGGUAUUCCAAAUGAUCAGGAUCCGGAUGACGAUAACGAUGGUAUUCCGGACUCCCAGGAUAAUGACGAUGACAACGAUGGAAUACCGGAUGCCGAAGAUAUGGACGAUGACAACGAUGGAGUUCCGGACAGCGUAGAUCCGGACUCGAAAAUGUUGGCAAACGAUCUGGAUGGAGACGGAAUUCCAAAUGAUCAAGACGACGACGACGAUAAUGACGGCAUUCCGGACGCUCAAGAUGAUGACGAUGACAAUGAUGGAAUCGUUGAUGCCGAGGAUGAAGAUGAUGACAAUGACGGAGUUGUGGACAGUGAGGAUACUGACACAAAAUCCCGAGGCAAUGAUCUUGAUGGCGACGGUAUCCCCAACGAUAAGGAUGACGACGAUGAUAACGAUGGGAUCCCGGAUAGUGAAGAUCCUGAUGAUGAUAAUGAUGGAGUUCCAGAUGUUCAAGACACUGACGAUGACAACGACGGUAUUCCAGAUUUCAAGGAUAAGGAUUCGACAGUGAAGAUCAACGAUCUGGAUGGUGAUGGUAUUCCUAAUGAAGAGGACGAUGAUGAUGACGGCGAUGGAAUUCCAGAUGCGGAAGAUGAUGAUGAUGAUAAUGAUGGAAUCAAGGACGACGAGGAUAUCGAUGAUGAUAAUGACGGCAUUCCGGAUGAUAAGGAAGGCCAGCCAAUAAGCAACGACCUUGAUGGAGAUGGUAUUCCCAAUGACGAAGACGAUGAUGACGAUAAUGAUGGUGUUCCAGAUUCAGAGGAUCAGGAUGACGAUAAUGACGGUAUUCCGGACGCAGAAGAUGUUGACGAUGAUAAUGAUGGCAUUCCGGAUAUUAUGGAUGCUAACUCACGCAAUGCCAAUGAUCUGGAUGGUGAUGGCAUUCCAAACGACCAGGAUGACGAUGAUGACAAUGAUGGCAUUAAAGAUGCUGAUGAUCAUGAUGAUGAUAACGACGGGAUUCCGGAUGCUGUGGAUAAUGAUGACGACAAUGAUGGAAUUCUGGAUGAGAAUGAAGAUCAAUCUAGGUUCGCCGCACCUCAAAUUUGCCAUGAUCCAGCGGUUAUCAAUUCCGAUGAAGACGAAACAGAUGAUGAUGAACAGUGUUACACAUUUAGCGGAAAGGCGAUCGAAGUCAAGGCCUCUGUUGACGAACAUAAUGAACGGGAUGAUGUUGAGGAGUGCGUGUAUCCUUUAGAUGGAUUCAAAUGCCAUAUUGACAAAGCCUGGAUUAAGACUCAAGAACAUGGAUGUAAACCUGUCAUUGAAUGUGCUCUCAGCGAUCCCUAUUCUUACAAUUCUAGCCUUCUUUACGGAACUGAAUGUGAUGGCGAUGAAGACAACGACGGUGACGAUGACCGUGGCGAUUCAACCUACUACUACUAUCUAUCAGUCCGCUCUCUGCUGGACUUCUUCCUGUUGGCAGCUCUUACUUUGUUCAAUACCAUUAUCAUCAUCACGACCCGUGACGCGUCCACGGGAAUCGCUGACUUCGGUCGCCAGCUGGUUUGGGGAGCCAUCGGUUGGAUCAUUUUCUUCAAUGACGACUACGAGCAGCCCUACUUCUGGUUCAUCAUUCUGAACACGAUUGCUGCAGUGAUUCUGCUCAGUCCACUACAGAUGGAUCUCUCUCCUCCCGAAGAAUGGUGGAAGUUCAAGACGGUUCCGCAGAAAUUCUUCUCCACUCCGUCGUUCGUCAAGUAUGCUAAACAGUGCUGGUUACCUUUCCUCAUUACUCUCGGUCUCGGCUCACUGUGGAGCAUAAUCGACUCGAUCGACAAAUCCCACAUGGUGGACAUCCCAAAGGACGCCUCUGCCGAAGAACCUGUCUUCAGAACCGUUUUCAGAACACUUCUACUGGCCGGUGAUCUUCUCGCCAUUCCGGCACUAAUCUUCUCUCAGCGAAUCAUCCAGGUUUUCGGCACCUGCAAGAUCCUUGUGGCAGCUUUCCUCGCUUUGGUCGUACGUUUCAUUUUACUGGCCAUUUUCGACUGGGAGUAUUGGGACAUCAUUGAAGAUUCUCUGCUGCCGGCAACUCUCGGCUUGACUUGGGUGACCAUUGUUCUGCACUUCCGCGAUCUACUCCCACGAAAGGUGACCGCCAUCGCCCAAUCACUUCCGGUGAUCGCGCACUUUGGAUUUGGUCGCUUCUUCGGUGCCUUGAUCGGUAUCGAAUACGAUUACGACAACCUGGAAAAUGACUACGAAAUUUUGGCUGGAGUUCUGUUUGCCAUUACGAUCAUCAGCAUUGUAUUGUAUCGCUAUCGAGAAAUCGUGCUGAGCUAUGUCGGACAGUACAUACCGGCGUUGAAGCCCUGCGAAAAGGAGAAGGUCGUAAAGGUUGGAAAAGGAGAAACCGAUGUUUGAUGAUCACAAUCGGUUUUGCACGGAGUGAAGUUUUGGAGUCCUGUAGAAACUGUCGGAUUGUCUAUAAAGCAGCGCUUAGAAGAAAGAAGAAGUUGGGACAAUAGUUUAAGCAAAGUGGUUGUGUUUGAGAGUUAGAUUUUAUUUGUAACAUUUUGUUAAUUUAUACACAAGACAUGUUUAGUAAAAUAAAGACUCUGUUGAUUGGCGUUAAAUAAAGAACAGGAUUUUUAA